AUGUCUACGGGUGAAGGAAGACGGAGCAGCAAGAAAUGCUUAGCCUACGUCGCAGCGUUCGUCGUUUUUCAAACUGCAAUCAUUCUGCUGUUUGUCCUCAUAGUUAUGAAAGUCAGAAGCCCUAAGGUUAGAAUCAACGCCAUGGAGUUCGAGAGCUUCAGCUCCACCACCAACAACUCCACUUCGUUCAACAUGAGUAUGCUGGCCCAGGUUACCAUAAAGAACAACAACUUCGGAGAUUUCAAGUACGAAAACAGCACGCUUUCCUUCUUGUACAACGGCAUAAAAGUUGGCGAAGCUGUCGUUCCACGGGGACGUGCCGGCGCCAGAAAAACCAAGAAGUUUAACUUCUCGGUGGACCUGUCGGGGAUCAGGGAUAGGGUGGGAAAUGACAUGAAUUCGGGAGUUUUGAGGCUGAGCAGCAGAGGGAAGGUGAGCGGGAAAGUGCACCUGAUUAAGGUAAUAAAGAGGAACAAGUCUGGAGAAAUGAAGUGUGAUUGGAGCAUCAAUUUGGCCACCCGACAGUUCGAGGAUUUGAAGUGCAUUUAA